AUGGCCAGGACGCUCGCUCCCUCUCCCUUUCUCUCUGCUACGUGCGCCGCUCGGCCAUCCACCGCCGCCAUCGACGACCACGACGCACACCAGCGCCCGUGGCCCCCUUCAAGCCACCAUGCCGCCCCUCGCUGCGCCAGCCUCCUCCCUCCCUGCCGCCCCGCUGUAGGGCACCUCUACCGACGCCCGCUCCGCCGUCAACCUCAUGCGCUCCCUCGUGCACAUGUGGCGUGCGGACCUGUCCCAUCGCGCGCUGCUCCUCUUCCGCACGCUCCACGCCUCCGACACCUGUCACCGCCGCGGUACUCCCUCCCGUCAGCGCUCUCCGUGGCCGCCUUCCUCGCCACGCUCCCCGAGGGCCGCCAGCUGCACGCGCUAGCCGCCAAGCUCGGGCUCCUCGCGCCUGCGCGCCCACACAACAACACCGUCGUCGUCACCAACUCCCUCGUCCACCUCUACACCUCCUGCGGCCGCUCGGACGCUGCACUUGCCAUCUUCCGCGGUGUCCCGGACGCGGAUCGGUUGCUCGUGUCGUGGAACACCACCAUCGACACGAUCGCGGGAAAUGGGGACCACCUCGCGGCGCUCGACCUGUUCCGGGAGAUGCAGCGCGAUAGGCCUGAGCUCGCGCCCGAUGCCUACACGUUGCAGAGCGUGCUCGGUGCCUACGCCGCCGUUGGCGUGCUCUCGCUCAGGCUCUACGCGCACGCGGUGCUACUCCGGGAACUUGGCGCUGGCGGCGGGCACGCCUCAUCCCCGGCGGCGGUGUCGCGCGUCGUGCUCAUCAACAACGUGCUCGUCGACCUCUACGGCAAGUGCGGCACGGUUGAGCUCGCGCGCCAGGUGUUCGAUCAGAUGCCUGAGCAGGACCUUGCGUCCUGGAACGCCAUGGUCCUCGCGCUCGCCAACCACGGCUGCGUCCGGGACUCGCUCGACCUGUUCCACCGGAUGACGCACUUGUGGAGAAUCUAG